UCUGUGUUAUAUACAUUUAUAUGCAGUAUUUAAUAGUAUUUAAGCGAGGGAACUCAGUUGGUAUCACUGUUGCCUCACACCUUGUGGUCUUGGCGAUUGUAAUCACUCUGGUGUGUGAAUGUGUAACACAUUGUGUGUGGAAUUUGCAUGUUCUCUUCGUGUCAGGCGGGUUUGCUGCCACUGUCUAAAAACUAUUUAUUACCCUGACCGUGAUAAUCAGUUAGACGAUUGAUGUAUUUAUUAACCUAUUUAACGCAAGGAUAUAAUAUUUUGAGAAGUGUCAUGUUUUAUUCCUAAAGGAAAAAUAAUAGGACAGGUGGAUUAAUUGUUCAUGUGGAUUUUAUUCUGAAAGAUGCCAGCUGGAUCCUGGUAUUUCCUCCUGCUCUCCCUGCCUUCGGUGUGGGGACUCAGUUCCUUCCCAAGGCACAUGGAGGUGAGCAAGGUAGAAAACAGCGUGACCAUCACCUGCAGCACUGACUUGGCGGGCGAGGUGACCUGGAAGCACAGCCGGGAUGGUGAGGAAAUCAGAAUCAUCAAAGGGAAGAGCUUAGAGCUGCUGAACCUGGAAGAGCCAGAUGCUGGUGAAUACAGCUGCUGGGAUGGAGAAAGGAAACUCAACAGCACCUACCUCCUACUGGAGGAGGAGGAGGUGGACACUAAAGAAGCCUUGGUUUGCUCAGCUCAGACUUACAGCUGUUUCUUCACCUGCAGCUGGUCUCUGAAUGGCUACACCGCAGCCCGAUUAAGAUAUCAACGUGAUGGCCAAGAUCCAAGCCCCUGGGUUUACUCCGAAGCCCACGGAGAGCAGGAAGCCUCCGUAUUUACUCUUCAACUGACCAGCUCCCCUUUCACCGAAGAGGACACCCCUAUGAUCCUGACUGGAGAAGCAGUGAGCUCCACGCACUACAUGAAGAGGACCCUGCAAUUUUUCUUCCGUGACAUUGUUAAGCCGGACCCACCCCAGCUGGGGCUGUGCAAGAAGCAGGGGAAUUUGCUCAGCGUGACUGUGCAGCCCGCAGCCAGCUGGGCAAAGCCCCUCAGCUACUUCCAGCUGGAUCACCAGAUUGAGUUCAUAUACCAGAACGACGGCACGACGGGCCUGUCCAACAGCACCACGGUUCCUGGAGAUAUUAGCAAUAUACGUGCUCGCUCCAGGGAGCCCUUUGUGCCCUCGCCCUGGAGCCAGUGGAGUCCAUGGAAAAACAUGCGGAUGAAGAGGAAAAUGAGUGAUAGGAAGAAAGAGAUGAAACGACUUGUUAGGACCUCAGAAAAAAAUAAUAUCCUCUACUGCAGAAAAGAAAAAAAGAAGGGAAAAGCAGAGUAAGAAAAAGCAGUGGAAGAACAAUUCAGACCACAACUGAAAGGCACACGAGGGCCAGACUGGUGGAAUUAUGCUUCUUAAACCCCACGUGGUAAAAGCUAAAUGCUGACAUAAAACAGCAAGUUGGUAAUGAGUCAAAAACAUCCUCUAUGAUCGCCAUCCUCUAUGAUCAUUGAAGCGAUUGUUUUGAUGUGAAUAUAAGACUUCAGAACUUUCUACUUGAAAAUGACACAAGUGUAGUAAAACAAAGCUAUGAAUUUCAAACUACAGAGUUAAUGUCUCUGUAAAGACACUUGUAAAAGUAGCACUUGUUUCUCCAUCGAAUGAUAUAGUGAUUUCUGUACACAGAAUACCUGGUGAUGUCCGUUAGACUGGUGAUGUCCUUUAGAUGUUCACUUCAGUUCCAUGCUCACAUGGCGCUGAUAAUGGUGUUGCUCUUUGGAAUUAGCAUUUUUGUCACCCUUUUAUAUAAAAUCUUAGGUUAGAGAUGCUGAAGUGAAGAGGGUUUUUAAUUAAUAAUAUACUGUAUAUGCUAUUAUUUUGCAUAGAAACACAGCAGGUACAUAGUUUAGUUUUUAAUUACUUUUUAAUUAUUAUUGUUGUAGGAAAUGCUGAAGUUGUGAGUGCAUACGUGCAUACUCACAACACUUCCUCGGAAAGAUCCGGACUGUGACUGGUUCUGUUUUUUUGAUUAUGUGCAUUUAUGAUCGUUAUUGUAGUGUUCAUCUUAUUGAUGACUGUUCACGUGUGUUGUUGAAUGUAGUUGUACUGUACAUUUUAGCUGUUUUAUUUAUGUGUGUCAGGGUGGCCACCAUAUAGGGUGAUGUCAUUUAGAAGGGCAAGGUGCCCUGCUAGUGGUGCUUUCACAGUACUCAGUUUUAAGGACAACAAUUGAAAGUUAUUAUAAAGCCGUGUCAGAACUCCCCGUGUUGGUUAAUAAAAAUACCCUGCAAAGAUGAA